AUGGAUUUCGUCCUUCAUAUCAGUAAAUGUGCUGGAGGGAGCAAAGUGGAGUUUACGGCCUGUUUACUGCACGGACGGGCAUUAACAUGGUGGAAUACCCAGAUACGAACCCGAGGUCAAGAAGUAACCAACAGACUUACGUGGGAAGAAUUCAAGAAAUUACUCAAGGAAGAGUACUGUCCGAGGAGCGAGAUCCAGAAGUUAGAAGCAGAACUGUGGAAUCACGAAAUGAAGGGAAGUGAUGUAGACUCAUACACUGCUCGCUUUCAUGAGCUAGCAAAACUGGUGCCACACUUAGUAUCACCCAAAGAGAACCAAAUUGACCGUUAUGUUUGGGGUUUAGCUCCAGAAAUCUGGGGGAAUGUGACUUCGGCCAAUCCAAAAACACUUCAGGACGCUGUGAACUUAGCGACAAAACUCACCAACAAUGCUAUUUGGUCAGGAUCAUUUGCAAAUGAUAAAGUCAAGGAUAAGAGAAGAAUGGAGGAGCCCAUGAGAAAGAACUACAGCGAGAGGGGCGGUAAGGCCCAAAAAGUGAUAAGAAACUUUGGGGCUCAGACACAGACAGUAGAAAAGGGCAAGGGAACUUACUCUAAGUGUGAUAAGUGCAUUAAUCACCAUGGUGGAAGAUGCAUCAUCUGUCUCAAAUGCAACAAAGGAGGUCAUUUCUCUAAAGAUUACAGGAGCGGAAGGAGACGAACAUGCCACGAGUGCGGAAGUUCGGAUCACUUCAGAAAUGCAUGCCCGAGACUGAAUCGAGGGCCAGUUACUAACCCAUCACGACCAGUCAACCAAGAAAAUCAAGGAGGCCAAGCACGAGGUCGAGCGUUUGAGAUUGGCGUAGAAGAAGCUAGGCAAGACCUGAACGUGGUCACAGAUGACAUACUGAUCUAUUCGCAAAACAAGGAGGAGCAUGAGCGGCACUUAAAGUUAAUACUUGAGCUGUUAAGGGAUCAAAAAUUUUAUGCCAAAUUCUCCGAAUGCGAAUUUUGGGUUCGUGAGGUGCACUUCCUUGGUCAUGUGGUAAAUGAGAAGGGAAUUCAUGUUGAUCCGGCCAAAGUUGAAAUUUGCCAAUUUUUUGGGUUAGAAGGUUACUAUCGCCGUGUUAUUUCAAAUUUCUCCAAGAUCGCACAACCACUGACGGCAUUAACCUAG